GAAGAACAAUCAAUUCUUGUAUCGCCGAGUAAUUCUGAGCGACUUUUAAGCGACAAAGCAAAUUCAAAUCUCUGUUUUCUGGGUUGGUGGACCGUUUUCGCGCCGAGAUCUAAGUCAUCUGGAUUGUGUUGGAAUCGACUGGCUGAAUUUUACUUACCGUUUCGUUCUUCUUCUGCAAAUUCCAGCCUUGGUGGAAUAACAAAAAUUCUAAGGAUUGUGUUAGCCGAGCAGGCUUAUUAUUUGUCCUGUAAGCCUAUUGCAUUUUUUUGUGGACUUCAGAUCAAACAGAGGAAAUGAUUCCCAUGUACAGGUACAUGGACUCUCAUCCAUUCCAGAAAAGUACAACACCGUUCACAUAUCAGUAUCCGAGCAUGGACACUAUCCCUUCUUACUCGAUGAUGGAUCCAACUAAAUCAUGUAUGCCUCCUCAUGAUUCUGGGCGUAAUUAUUGGCAUUAUGAUUGGCCAAUGCCGUCUUAUUCCUGCUGCAGUAGUGGUAAUUUCUUCCCUGGUUGUUAUAAUUUUAGACCAUCGCAUCUUCCUGUUCCACCCCAUCAGCAUAUGCACUGCUACGGUGGCUAUCCACCUUGCCCCGAACCGUAUUAUGUCCAGUACGUUCCUCCCAUGCAUUAUAACGUUGAGCAGCCCAGAUAUGAGUUUGAUAAGAGCAUGAUGAGGAAUCAUCACUGCUGUGGCUGUCCUAAUAGUUUGUGUGGGCAGAACCAGAAGGGAGAGAAUUGUGUGAAGAUUGAGGAGGAGAAACCGGACAAUCAAAGGAAGGGAUCAUUGGUUCCAUUUCAAUUAGGAAAUAACCAGCCCCCAAUUGUGUGGAUUCCACCCGACUAUGUGGGGAGAGAAAAAGAGAGAGAGCCUUCUGAAACUGGAAAUCCAAAGCAUGAGAAGGAACGCCGUGACUUGAAUUUGACGGAGAAUUUGAAAUCUCUCCAACAGGCUCCGAAAUUCUGUAGUGGUUGGCCUCUGUCUGAUUUGAGUCGCCUUGGAUCAUUGUUGCCUGAUGCGGGAGGCACGGGGGACCAAAGUGUGCAAAAUAAGCAACAGGAGGACAGAAAGAAAGAGUUUCCAUUUCCUGUUAUUUGGAUGCCUGCUUUUGGUAGAGAGGAGGCUGCUAGAAAAGCUGAUGUUCAAAAUCUUGAUGCUUCUGCAAGAUCCACUGAUGAGCCUUCUAAUGCUGGGAAGUUGGUCCCAACAAAUAUCUUGAAAAAAGAUGAUGCUACAAGUGAAGGUCCUGAAGUUGUGAAGACUGUAAAUCAGAUCAAUAUUCCUGAAAUGGAUAUGAACCACAAGACAGAAGACACCAAGAAAAAUAAAGAAAGGAGAUGCAUCCCUGUGGAGGCUAUAAAAGAUAAUGAGGAAAAGGAACUGUCUAGAAAUAAUGUGAAAGGACGGUCUUCAUCCUCGCCAAAGAAAUCAAGAUUGCCCCCUAUUUGUCUCAGAGUAGAUCCUCUUUCAAAGAAAAAAAAUGGCAACGGCAGUUCAAGGUCGAGUUCUCCAAAAUCGACUGCCGUCAAGGAAAGUUCUCAAUUGGAUUCAAAGAUCAAUAAUGUUACUGGAGAACCAGAUGGUGAAAAGAUCAUCAAGACUGUAGAGGUGAAAACCCAUGAGACCCCUGAUGGUAAUCAUCAAGUGGAGAAGGAGAGUGUCUCUAGCACUGGAGAGCCACUAAGCUUGCCAACGCAGUCUAAAUCUCAUGACAAGUUUUCUGACAAGCUCUGCAAAGAAGAAGAAGAAAGUCACAGGGAAGAAUAUGGAGAGAAAGAUAAAGCAAUAAGCGAAGCAUCUCCCGAGAAGGCAGUCGACAAACGGUUGGAGGUAAGUUCAGGGGACUCGGCUCAGGAAGAAGGGAAGCGUGAAAAACCUAACUUGUCAGAUGAUGAAGCAGCCGUGAUUAUUCAGUCAGCUUACCGUGGUUACGGAGUUCGGAAAUGGGAACUUCUGAAAAAGAUGAAGCAACUUGUUGAAGUUCGUCAAAAGGUCAUAGAGAUUCAAAAUCGAGUGAAAGCUCUGGAACUGGCUCCUCAAGAUGAGAAAGAACGAUUGUUUGUUGGAGAAAUGAUAAUGAGACUGUUGCUAAAACUUGACACCAUACAGGGUCUGCAUCCAAGUAUAAGGGAGUUCCGGAAAUCUUUGGCAAAAGAACUUAUAGCUCUUGAGGAAAAACUUGACUGCAUGGUGAUUAACAAGCCUACAGAAGUAGUACCUGAAGCCUCCAUAGAAAAACCUACUGAACAUUUUGAUGUGGAAACCCAUGAUGACAUAAAGGAGGAGGAGGGGAAGAAAGAUGUAGUAUCAACCGGUGAAAUCUUUCCCAAGGUGGUAAAUGAAAGCAACAGUCUCUUGGAGGAGUCGCAUGGAGCUCAAACCCUUGUCGGAGUUGAUGAUAUGGCCGGCUUUGCAGGCAUGAAGGCCUCCACAGACGAAGAACUUGGGCCGAGGGAUGGACCUGGCGAGUUACAGGAAGUAGAUGAUCAAAAUACCACCGUGUCUGAAGCAGAACAACUUGCAAAACCGAGAGAACAUGGGUGUCAAAAUCAAGAUACCUCCAGAUUGUCCUCUCAAUACAUCUCCAACCAGAUCGAGGGUGAAGAAGUUAUGCCUUCCCUAAUAGGGGAUAAAAGAGCAGAUGAGGAUAAAUCGGGAGCUGAGAUGGAACAGAAUGUGAAGCUGGUCAAUGAUGCAGAGGAAAAUGUAGGUGAAGUUCUUCAAAUGGACAUGAAAGAAGGAACUUUAGAUCAUCACCAAUAUUUUUCAGAAGAUGGCCAUCCUGUAAGAGAUUCUUCGGAAGUUCAUGUUUUGAACCCUGAUUCUGAUGAUCAAGUGGGAGCACAAGCAGGACAAACACCUGAAGCAAUUGGUGAUAUAAUCAUUUCAACACCUUAUGAAAGGGCUGCAGAUAUGGAACUUCCAAUCGGAGAGGAUGAAAAUUCAAAGAAACCCGAAACUGACAAGCUGGAGCACGUUAAGUUGAGGAGAGAGGUAUCAGAGGCUGAAGAGAAUUCACAUGAUUUAGCAGUCAAACUAGAUGGUGACAGAACCCCUACUGAGAAGCAAGGAGCACCGGAUGAAUCUGCAGCAUUGCCAGUGGAGAAAUCAAACUCUAAUGAUGACCUGAUCAUCCAAAACGAAUUGUUAACCGAUGAAGACAGACAGCAGACGGAUGAGGUGGAGAAGGUGCUGGAAGAUGAGUGGGACAACCACCAUGCUAGACGAGCAUGUGAUCAAUCUGCAGAAUCGCUAGAGGAACUAUCAAAAUCCUACCAUGAUGAGAACAUAAAAAACGAGAUGGUAACCAAAGAAAAUGAACAACAAACUGCAGAUACGAAAAACAAAAUAGCAGAAGAUGUGCUACAAGACCUAUGUGUACUUGAACAUAUCCCAUCCUACAAGUUAGGUAACCAGGCUAACGAGUUACGUGCUGCUGGGGAAGCAAACUCUAUCGAGAUGGGUGAAGUGUCCCUACCUGCCUCGCCGAAUGCCCAGCCGGAGACGGUGGACAAGCAUGAUUUGGUAAGAGACGGAGAGAUGAACGAAAAACUGGUUGAAGAAAAUGAGAGAAUGAGAGAGAUGGUGGAGAAGUUAAUGGAGGCUGGCAAAGAACAGAUAGCCUUCAUAUCUAAACUGAGUGGAAGAGUGAGGGACUUGGAAAAAAGGUUGGCAAGGAAGAAGAAACAAAGGCGAGGUUGUGGCAUGUCUAUGUCAAGACAUUCUACGUUGAAUGGUCGCAUAAAAGCUUGAUAUUAUUUGUGAUCCCUCUCAUUUGUAAGGAAAUAAAGAAGUUUUCAAAUUCAAUUCAAGUAAAUGGGAGAGAUAGAAUACAUGUAUGUUUGUGACAAAGUCCCAUAUUUUGUAAUAUUUCAUCCCGCUGUAAAUCUUUGUGAUAAAAAUAAAAUGCAUCUUUGUAA